GAGAAAAGCAUCCGCGUUAAUCCACGGACAUAGAGCUUUCUGGGACCUUCCGUCGAGGGGCGUUCAGAGGCUGCUUACUCUUUGCGCGCUCUGGGCGGCAGUCCUUAACGGUUUUAUGGCCACUGUCAGUAUAUUUAUGAACCGAGCGAUGAAUACGAUGGAUAGCUCUCACAAGUGAGGCGCAAAAGUCAUUUCCAAACACCAUUUCCAUUUCUCCUCAGCAUUAAACUCAACGUCUGUUUUGGUAAGCUGAACUGGGCCAUCCGGAUUUCGUUAUGCGGGAGUUAGACCCGCUGGUCAAUGAAUACCAGCAUGACAGGCAUCGGCCGAGGGAGUCAGAGGCCCUUCUGAUUCUCCGAAAGAUCGCUUCUUUGGUGAAGCCGAUCAUGCGCCGACGAUCAUGGCGGGUUGGUACCCUGUGCGAGUUCUAUCCCCAUCAGCAGAAUCUUCUGGGUCUUAAUAUCAACGGCGGUCAAAAGAUCUGUCUGCGCCUUCGAUAUUCGGGGGACCCGAAUCAGUUUCUACCGCUCGACCAGGUCGUAGACACCAUGUUACAUGAGCUAUGUCACAUUGUACACGGACCACAUAAUCAGCAGUUUCAUGCGCUCUGGAACCAAUUACGUGACGAGCAUACAGAGCUUGCCAUCAAAGGAUACACCGGCGAGGGAUUUAUGUCACACGGAAGACGGUUGGGUGGACAAAAAUUGCCCAUUGAUGAAGCUCGUAGACAGGCCCGAGCCGCUGCAGAGCGGAGACGAACUCUCUAUGCCGGAUCGGGACAAAGAGUUGGAGGCACGGGUCCUGCGCGUGGCGCCGACAUGCGAAGAGUCAUAGCUGAUGCUGCGCAACGACGCAUAGAAGUGACCCAGGGCUGCGCCUCCGGAGCAGAUAACUCUACUGAGCUUGCAGAGGAAGCCUCUAGGAAUGGCUUCCGAACCAAAGCCGAGGAAGAUGAUGCAAACGAGCAAGCAAUAAUGCAAGUAUAUAUUGACCUAAUUGAGGAGGAAGAAAGAGAGAAGUACGGGCCCUCGUACAUUCCUCCUAGCCAGGACAACCCAGCCGGUCCUCGAACGACCCUUUCCCCUCCGCCGGUACCUGACCAUACUAAGCCGACCGUGCAGGUUCAGGAUCAGGACGCAAUCGAUCUUACGAUCGAUGAUAGUGCAUUUGCCGAUUCAUGGACAUGUCCAAUGUGCACACUUGUCAAUCCGUCUAAUUUUCUAUGUUGCGAUGCAUGCGCGUCGGAACGUCCUCGCCCCGUCAAUUCUCGAUCUGUUUCUGGUCCGCCUGCCGCGGCAAGGUCUAGGUCUAGUACCCCAGGUACGCAAAAUAAGAACAAAGGACCAAUAAACCGUACAAUUGGACACAGAUCUUUCAAGAACCGAAAGAACGCUGUUGAAUCGCUGUCCAGCAUUGAGAAAAACGCACAGGAACGGCCACUGGGCUGGCUAUGUAAUUCCUGUGGUGCCUUCAUGGAGACGGAGUGGUGGACUUGCUCGGGCUGUGGGAAGAUGAAACAAGCAUCAUGAGCCACAAUAGAAACAUUACUGUUAUGAGAGCGUUGCUAUCCUCUACCUCAUUGUCCUGUAACCCUUGUUUAAUUGUGGCACCCAGUCCACAAUUCAUGACUUACGAGUUAACUUACAUUUAUUGUACUGGAUUUAUCAUACCCCCAUAAUCUUUGAGUUUAUUUUUUAGUUCUAUACUGAUCCUUAAAUCCCAAAUAUAUCGAAG